ACUGUGUUUCUGUCUAGCUAUGAAAGGCAGGUUCUUUGUAGUGGCAUUUGUUUCACAUAAGCUUCAUCUACAGUAGCAUUUGCAACGAAAACGUAGAUGUAAAAACAAGUUCUAAGCAAGCGUGGAGCUUGUCGACCGUCUCGAAGUACAUUAUCAUUCUGUUGUCCAGGGAAAGUGUUACAAAAGAUGGGAGAUUUCGAAAGAACUUUGGCUGUCAUCAAGCCGGAUGCCAUGAAACAUAAAGACACAAUUAUCCGUCGCAUAAUGGACGCCGGAUUUGUCAUCGUGCAAUCGAGAAUAGUGAGACUUACUGCGGAACAAGCGUCUGAAUUCUACCGUUCGAAGCAAACCCACCCAAAUUACCAUGCCUUGAUAGUGGCGCUAUCCGAAGGACCAAUUCUCGCCAUGUGCAUUUCGAAGGAACGCGCUGUAGCUGAAUUUCUAUGGCUGAUUGGCCCCGAGAGGUAUCAAGAUGCGGUGAAGAACGCACCUCUAUCAUUGCGAGCCAUGUUUGCCGAUAGUCAUGACGAGCUUCGAAAUGCAGUUCACGGGAGCGAGGACAAAAAUUCUGCACGCUAUGAGAUACAUUUUUUCUUUCCCACUCUUCUAUUGGAACCAAUAUUCAACGAGCAUAAAUUGAACAACUACCUGUGUGCAAUGGUGAAUCCCGUUUUGAUGCAAGGACUUUAUGCGAUGGCGAAGGAACGUCCAAAAAAUCCGGUGAUUUGGUUGUCAAACUGGCUAUUGUUGAACAAUCCCUACAAACCGAUGAUAACAUCGAUUCACACUGAACCACUCUAUGAUGUCAUCGCCAAACAGGAUUUGACCUCUGGAGAACGCAAUCUAUCAACGGGUAACCUUAUUGGUGCACAGUCUCAGUGUGACUGUUGUGAGUACAAGGACAACGGUAUUUGCUCAUGUUCCUUAUCGGUUAUUGCAGAAGAUACUUAAAUUUUGAAUUUUAUGUGCGAUAAUAAAACACGAUAAUUACUAGA